GCCCCAAAGGUGCCGGAGGUCCGGGAUGUGACCAGGAUCGAGCGCAUUGGCGCCCACUCCCACAUCCGCGGCCUGGGCCUGGACGACGCCCUGGAGCCUCGCCAGGUGUCGCAAGGCAUGGUGGGCCAGCUGGCUGCCCGCCGCGCCGCCGGCGUCAUCGUGGAGAUGAUCAAAGAGGGGAAAAUCGCCGGCCGAGCCGUCCUCAUCGCCGGCCACCCCGGCACCGGCAAAACCGCCAUCACCAUGGGGAUGGCGCAGGCGCUGGGACCCAACACCCCCUUCACCGCCAUCGCCGGCAGCGAGGUCUUCUCCUUGGAGAUGAGCCGCACCGAGGCGCUCACCCAGGCUUUCCGCCGCUCCAUCGGCGUCCGCAUCAAGGAGGAGACGGAGAUCAUUGAAGGGGAGGUGGUGGAGAUUCAGAUCGAUCGGCCCGCGACCGGCACGGGCACCAAAGUGGGGAAGCUGACGUUGAAGACGACGGAGAUGGAGACCAUUUACGACCUGGGCACCAAAAUGAUCGAGUCCCUCACCAAGGAGAAGGUGCAGGCGGG